UUUUCAGUAAUCCAUAGGACAGGUGUUUAGUGGAAAGGAAAGGAAAUGAGACAACAGAUUUUAGGGCCAUUUCGACCCUUUCUCUCCUCAAACAAGUCUCAGUGUCUCGCUCUUUUAAUUUUCUUCUAACAUUUUUUUGAGCCGAGCUGGUUGUUUAAGCGGCUUCCCUUCAUUCAGGUAUUUAUAUGAAUUGUGAUAACUCUUUCAAUACCUUUUCUUCUCUCUUUCUUUUCUCUUUCUCUCGCUGUUUUUGCUUUCUCUUUCGUUUUAUUGUUCAUCAAUGGCGAGACCAUCUAUUAUGUUAUCACAGCCAUUUCCACGAAUGAUGAGUUCUUUCAGAUCCAAUACUGCAAUACAUGAACAUGGACUCAAACAAUCCUUUUCUCGAGGACUCUCCUCUCACUCUCAACUCGGCGUGUUUUAUCUGAGCUUACUUGAUGAUGUUCUGACAAAUGAUCAGGAUUGCAUAGUGUGUUGCGAAGCUGUGCUCCCUGCUCAAGGCACUGAUGGGACGGAUCCUCCUCCAUUAGAUGAGGAAUCAGAAGACAACAGUGAAAAUGAAGGAGGAGAAGGAGAAGGGGAAGGAGAAGGGGAAAGGGAAGGGGAAGGAGGGGGGGACGGUUCUUCAUGGGAGCCUUUCCUGAAAAAUAGAAGUAUAAGUAAAGAUGUGGUUAUUUUAAGACAUGGUGAAGAGGUAUCUCGCUUCGAUAGGGACACAUGAAAAGAUGGAAAUAUGUGGGUUUUGCCAGAGCUGUAUAGGUUAUACUGUAAAA